GAGGGCCCCGGGCACACGUGGCAGCGCCGGGCCGGCCCCCAGCGGGGAGGCGCCGCCGGGCAGCGCCGGGCCGGGGGCAGCGGAGAGGCACCGGCCAGUAAGUGCAAUAAAACCAUGAUUCUUCCACAACGGGGGACCCAGCGCUGCAGGAGUCUGAGGGAGGAGAAGAGCUGACCUGCUCGGGUCAGUCCCGCCUGCUGUGAGGGCCGCAGCUGUGCCUGGGGCAGGUAGAGGAGAUACAAAGGGUGCCAUGUCCAGCCUGCGUGCUGCCAGAAGCGAGGGCUACGUGCAGGAGCUGUUCCACGAGGAGGCACAGCAGGUAUCUCAAACGCAGACCAGGCCCUGGUGGAAGAUUCAGCUGUUUGUGUGGGAGCCGGUGCUUUUUGGAACGUGGGAUGGCGUCUUCACCUCCUGCAUGAUCAACAUUUUUGGAGUGGUUCUUUUCCUGAGGACGGGAUGGCUCGUGGGAAACACUGGAGUUGUAAUGGGCAUGUUUCUGGUGUCAUUUGUGGUCCUGGUCGCACUGGUGACAGUCUUAUCUGGAAUUGGGGUUUGCGAGAGGUGCAGCAUUGGAAGUGGAGGCGUCUACUCCAUGAUUUCUACUGUCCUUGGAGGUCAAGUUGGGGGGACCAUUGGUUUCCUUUAUAUUUUUGGCCAGUGUGUUGCAGGUGCCAUGUACAUCACGGGCUUUGCGGAGUCCAUUGCAGAUGUGCUGAGCCUCAGCAACAUCUGGGCAGUGCGGGGCAUUUCCCUGGCUGUCCUGCUGGGGCUGCUCGGGAUCAACCUGGCGGGGGUGAAGUGGAUCAUCCGCCUCCAGCUCCUGCUGCUCUUGCUGCUGGCUGUCUCGACGCUGGACUUUGUCAUCGGGUCCUUUUCGCACCUUGAUCCAGAGCACGGCUUCGUUGGCUACUCCGAAGAGCUUUUGUUCAACAACACGCUGCCGGACUACAGCCAGGGGGAGUCCUUCUUCACUGUUUUUGGAGUGUUCUUCCCAGCUGCCACAGGUGUGAUGGCUGGGUUCAAUAUGAGUGGAGAUCUCCAGAAGCCUGCUACCAACAUCCCCCUAGGGUCUCUGGCUGCUAUUGGCACCUCGUGGUUUCUGUACAUGGUCUUUGUUUUCUUGCUGGGAGCCAUUUGCACCCGUCAGUCCCUCCGCUACGACUUCAUGAUAGCAGAGAAGAGAGAAGAAGAGGUCAUUCAUUAUACAUUGAACGUGCAAGCUCCCCGUUUUCAUCAGUCACAGGUAUCCUUGGUGGGUAUCUUGUUUUUGCUAGGGCUGUACAUCUCGUCCCUGGCCUCCUGCAUGGGAGGGCUCUACGGAGCACCCAGAAUCCUGCAGUGCAUCGCCCAGGAGAACGUGGUCCCCAUGCUUGCCUUUCUUGGACACGGGAAAGGACCCAACAGGACUCCAGUGGCUGCGAUUUGCUUAACAAGUCUCAUUACCAUGGCUUUUGUCUUCAUUGGGCAAGUGAACGUUCUUGCUCCGAUAGUGACCAUCAACUUCAUGUUGACAUAUAUUGCUGUUGACUAUUCCUAUUUCUCAAUCUCUUUGUGCUACGAUGAUCAGCAAAAAGCUGGCAAGACACAAGUGGAAAACACUAAGCCUCACUCUUCCCAGCCUUUGAUUUUCAACAAGCCCUCCAGCCACGCAUCAGAUGGAGUAAUUCAAAGCAGAUCGAAUGGCACCUUGCUGGAAUUCACAAAAGACAUGGACCAGCUUUUUAAACCAUUUCGUAACGAGCCAAGUGCUAGCAAAAAAGGAGCCGAGAGUUUAACCCAAAAGGUCAAACAGAAAAAGGUGAAGAAGCCAGCCAAGCAAACGUUACAAGACAGCUUUCUUCUGGAUCUCGAUCACGAUGCUCCUCCAGCUCAGUAUGGCUGGGAUGAGACUGCAGAGUCCCACCACGAAAGCUGGCAGGACCUCACUGAGCAGGGCCACCAGCUGGAGGUGGGUCCGUACUGGUCGCCUGCUACGGACACCCAGGGGACACCUGAGCUGCUGGAGCAGGGGGAGCAGCUCCGCAGCCAGGCGCUGGCGCUCUGCAGCCAGAAGGUGGAAGAAUCAUCUGUAAGGCAACAAAAUCUAGAACUGGGAAUUCAGCAAAUUCCAGAAUCAUUCUACUCCCGAUUCUGCAAUCACUGGGUUUCCUUUGCUGGUGCAAUCGUGUCCCUCAUCAUAAUGUUUGUCAUUCAGUGGAUCUACACCCUUGUCAGCCUGGGAGCAGCAGUUAUUCUGUAUUUCUACAUUGGCCAAGUGAGUCCAGGACUCCCCCUGGGAGCAGCAGCGAAUUUCAGUUUGUUCAGCUGGAUUAAGUCGGCUUUGAUCACCUCAUGCAGGAGAAGGCCAUCUCCAAAGGAGCAGAUCGUUGUGACACCGGCCUUUGCGACAGUUGGCAUGGAGACCACGCAGCUCACCGAGGAGAACGCAGACUUUGCCUCUCGAGACCGCUAUCACCAGUCCUCCCUUAUCAGCAGAGAAGAGUUUGUGAAUCAGUUUCAGUAAAGGGGGAGGACAGAAAAAACACCAAGCUGUCGUUUCUGAAAGGGCUGAUAAGUGCUAGUCACUGCCACGGGGCCUUGUGAAAUACUUGAAUGUAUAUGGAAAGGAUGUGAAUAGUUAUUUACAUAUUCAAGGCUUCUUUGUUUAUGCAAACUACAGCAUGACCAGGUUUCAAAUCUUAUCCAAAAUGGAGGGGGAUAAAACCAACACGCAAAUGAAAGGGCCGAUCCAGUGAAGUGAUGAGUUACUGAGAAUGAUAUAAUCCUUUUAAAGAAUUCAAUUAUAAGCACUACUGAGCUCUGAAUACUGUCGCUGCUGUAAAAGCUUACAACACCCAAUUUCAGACGUCCUCUGGGGGAGCAGGGCAGCAGUGUGCAUUGUAUUUGCAAGCAGUGACCUCAGAUGCAGGAGCCGAGUGCCCGGUCCCAGCUGUGCCACCGAUGGAUGCAACCUUCCAGGUCAAUUCACUUCUCCUCCCAGUGUGAAUUUGCCUGCUUGUGAUACAGCAAUUUUCUACCUCAGCGUUUCAAUUACCAAGGUCUUAGAAAGUACUUUAAGGUGUUAGACAAUAGGCCAGAACCAGUGGCAAGUGCAAGAGGAUUAUGAAAUAUAUUCAUAACUGGAAUCGAACCUGCGCGUUUAUAUGCAGUAAUGCAGUAUAAUGUACUCUUCUCUACUGUGAAACCAUGAAGUGAUGCCUUAGCAUCUUUUCAUAGUGGCUUCCCACAUCCUUUCUGAAACAAGAACCAAGACCUAAAAUCAAAGCUAUCUCCAAAUAGAGCAUCUCUUGGAUAAAAGGAGAGAUGAUUCAGAAGUGCCUUAACAAAAUGCGUUUUGCUAAUUCUGCUUCAAGCUCAUCCUGUACUGAGCUUUAUAGAUGUAUGCACCUAAGUAAAAGGAGGGGGAAAUCACUGCCUCUCACUUCCUGUAAUCUCUGAUCAUUUCAGCCAUUAAAUUAUUUAUUUCUUCUGUGCAAUAAAAACUUGAGACAG